AUGGGCCGUCCGCCAGCCUCGGGACAAGCUGGCUUCCCCAAAGUGCCGGCGCCGAUAAAGCAAUGUCCCAACACACCCACGAAGCAAGCAGUGAAGAGCCAGCCAACAGCUGAUGAUGUUACCAUGGCGAGCCCACCUGUGCCAAAGGCCUCCCCAAAGCCGAGCCCAGCCAAGGAUGUGCACAUGUCGGGAUCUACGCCAACCCCUGCCAAAGUUGGGACACCUUUCAAGCCAGGCUACACGCCCGUCAAGAGCCCGGACUACAAGAAAGCCCGGAGGGCACUCUUUGAAGAUGCCGCCGAGGCCAUUAAUAUAAUUACUGGGCUAAGCCAAAGCCAAGCUUCGCCGGCCGGGGUGCAGCCCAUCCGCAGGCCGGACAGCCUCACCACGGUGGCUCGCUCAACAAGCACUCUGGUGCUGGGGGACUUUCCGCGAGAGGAGGAGGACCCCUCGACAGGUGUCCGGAGGUUGAUCUUCGAGGGCUACUAUGGCAUGCCGUGCCAGGACAAGCAGUGGCCCCCUCUUGAAGAAGCUAUUCGCUUCCAAGACGCUUCGCCGAUGAUGUCCUGGAUCAAGGACGCCCUGCCUCGGCAUCCGCAGAAUGGUGUUGUGAUGGAGGAUGACAUCAGGACCGACUUGCUGAUGGACUCGGAUGGCCUAAAGUACUUAAUGCUACUCGUCAACGGAGCUUGGACAAAGGUUUCUGAGUAUGAGGCUCUGAAGGCCAAAACCGCAGCCGUGGCAGAGGCAGUCCACAACCAAGCCGAGAACAUGAUCCAGAAGCUUCGGCAACAGUUGGACAACGGCGAAUUGGGCGAGGACCUACUGCACAAACGUGCUACAGCCACGGAGCAGUGGAGGUCCAAGAAGAGCAAAGAGAUCCAGGAUCACCUGGAGCGGGCGGAGUUGGCUGCACUCGUGGCCAUCGACAAAUCAGUCGAUCCCCUCUUGGGCAAGUGGAACCUGUUCAACGAGUUUGGUUGGAUGCAAACAACGACGAUCGAGGAGGACAUAGGCGAGCAGCUCUUCAUGGACGAGCUGGAGGCAUCUAUGGCAAACUUCUCUCUAGAGGCCUGGGAGCCGUCGUCGCUCCCGCUUCCGGAGACCUUGGUGGACACGCAGGGAACAGGCAACCAGGCUAUGGAAGGAGUGGUUUCGCAGCCCAUGCAAGCAGAAGCCACGCAGGGAACACGCGACCAGCAGGAAGCCAUGCAGCAAGGACCGGAUUCGGAGUCGGGGGUCCCUAUGCAAGCAGACGCAAAUCUAGCAGAGGCCACACAGGGAACACGCGACCAGCAGGAAGCCACGCAGCAACAGGAAGCCAUGCAGCAAGCACCGGAUUCGGAGUCAGGGGUCCCGUUGCAAGCAGACGCAGAGCCCACGCAGUGA